GCACGCGCUGCAAUAUAUCCGUUAUACCCGACCUCCAGCUUCCGGGUGCGCAGCGGACUGUGGACCGGGACGCGGUGAAGGCUCAGAUACUAAAACUCCCUGAACUACAGACACUGUGACCGGGGACUCGCCCGAGGUCCGGGCAGACAUUUGUGUUGUUUAAAACUUUUGCGCUUCGUCUUGGAUGAACUUCCUCAACUCGAGCGGCCGUGUGUGCGGUGGCGCUUGUGCUCGGCCGCUGGCGCUCUUCGUUUAGUGUUUUAAUUCGGUGUUCAGGUCUUUUUCACGCGCUCACUGUGUGGUUCAUGUACACCAAUGUUAGCGGUGGGGCAAAUGGAUGCUAACAGGCAGAGUGCUUUCGUGUUGGGUAGCACGCCACUGGCUGCGCUUCACAACAUGACCGAGAUGAAGAACUCGCUGUUCCCCUACGCACUGCAGAAUCCCGCCGGCUUCAAGGCUCCUUCUCUCACCAGCAUCAGCUCGCAGCUCCCGCUGGGCACACCGCACGGAAUUAGCGACAUCCUGGGGAGACCCAUCACCACGGCGGGACAACUGCUCUCCAGCUUUCCAAGGAUAAACGGCUUGGCCACCUCCGCCGGGAUGUACUUUAACCCCGCUGCCGUGUCGCGCUACCCGAAGCCCCUGGCGGAGCUCCCGGGCAGAGCGCCCAUCUUCUGGCCCGGAAUGAUGCAGAGUUCCCCGUGGAGGGAGCCUCGACUGCCCUGUCAGGCACAAGCAAAUAUAAUGUUGGACAAAGACGGGAAGAAGAAACACUCCAGACCAACAUUUUCGGGACAGCAAAUUUUUGCGUUGGAAAAAACCUUUGAACAGACUAAAUACCUGGCCGGACCGGAAAGGGCGCGUCUCGCCUACUCACUGGGAAUGACCGAGAGUCAAGUGAAGGUCUGGUUUCAGAACCGGAGAACCAAGUGGCGCAAGAAGCACGCAGCGGAAAUGGCCACCGCCAAGAAGAAACACGACUCGGAAACGGAGAAGAUGAAGGAAAACUCGGACAACGAGGACGACGACGAGUACAACAAGCCGCUGGACCCCAACUCAGACGACGAAAAAAUCACGAGACUGCUGAAAAAGCACAAGUCGGCGAACCUGUCGCUUAUGAGCCCGAGCAGCAGCAGCUCGGACACGUUGUGAUGCUGAGCACCGACUUUUCCUCCAUCAGCUGAGGAACUUUCAGAAACUGAAGCAGGGUAACACGGGGGGCUGCGCUCUAAGCCCCCUACUGCUGCCGCAAGUGGAACUCGUGUAUAGAUUUUUUUUUUUUUUACACCGAGUAAAUUAUGUUAUUAAGCCGCCAAAAGGACAUGGCCACUGUGCACUCACUCAUCCUCUCCUGCGGCAGAAACCUUAUUUCUCUUCUGUCGCUGAAUAACCAAGUCUAUCACUACUUCUCCAAGUUUUACGACUGGAGUGUUACGGGCUACAAGUCCACCGGCUGUAAUUGAUCAUGUACAUAGAAUUUGUUCUAACACUUUUAACAAUAUCCUCUCUGGCCGGUUGUUUUCAUUUCAAAAGACUUUAAGUUUUAGGGCUACCUCUGUAAAAACAGAUCCAGAUGGAGGCUUAAAUGCUGAAUU